GGAGAAGAAGAAUUUCCAGCCUGUGUUUCUUCGCAAAAUGGCGACCGAGGGUGAUGUCGAUUUGGACCUGGAAGGUGAUGAAAACUGUACGGGGAAGCCAGCAGAAAAGCCUCGGAAACAUGACAGCGGUGCUGCAGAUUUGGAGAGGGUGACUGAUUAUGCCGAGGAGAAAGAAAUAUCCAGUUCUGACUUACAAACGGCUAUGUCAGUAAUUGGAGAUAGAAGGUCACGUGAACAGAAAGCCAAACAAGAGAGAGAGAAAGAGUUGGCCAAAGUCACUAUCAAGAAAGAGGAUGUGGAGUUAAUUAAAAAACCUGCAGUCCAUGUGUCAUGUACCUGUAACAGCACCAUUUGAGAUGGUUUUAUGGACUAUCUUCACCUUGGGAAAAAAAAAGCAGGUAUGAGUAUAUUUUUCUGAUCAUGGAUAACUUAACUAAAUUUGCACAAGUCUACACAACCCGGAACAAAUAAAGCAGAACUGCGGCAUCAAAGAUUUUUGAUGAUUUUGCUUUAAAAUUUGGUCUUCUUGCAAAUAUACAUCACGGUCAGGGUAAAGAAUUUUAGAAUCAGUUGUAAGAUUAGAAGCAUUACCAACUCAAGAACCACUCCUUACCACCCACAGGGGAACCCAGUCGGAAGAUUUAAUUGUACCCUGUCAAUGCUGAGGACCUUGGAUGAGGAGAAAAAGGGAAACUGGAGUGACUAUGUGAAUAAAGUGGUACACACCUAUAACUGCAUAACAACUGAAGCAACAGGAUUCUCUGCCUUCUGUUUGCUUUAUGGAAGACAUCCCCCUUUGCCCAUUGAUUCAAUUUUAGGGAUAAAUGAGGAGGAAGGAUAUAAGUCACAACAACAUGCUCAAAAAUGGCAAGAACAAAGGAAAGUGUACGAUGUUGCAGUGAAAACAAAAGGACUACAGCAAAAGGAAAGAUGACCAAAAGCGGCAAAGCUCAAUGGUUUUAACGGGUGACAGAGUUCUGGUUAGAAAUAUGUCAGAGCGUGGGGGCCCUGGGAAGUUGCACUCACACUGGGAAGAGCAAAUCCACACUGUUGUCUCGCCAAAGGGGGAAAAUAGCCCAGUGUAUAAGAAACCUGAACAAGGGGCGGGGAGAGGCAGAAUUCUCCAUCAGAACAUGUUGAUGCCUUGUCAUACUUUACUUGAGCAACCUGCUCAGGAUAGUGUAGGACAAAAACCCCAGAGGCAACCGAAGAAAAGACAAAAGGACAGAAGCACAUUUCACAGUCUUCUCCAGCCAACUGCAUCAGUAGACACCCCACCGCCACCUGCUGGCAGGCAGAACAUGCAUACCUCUGUCCAUCUCACACAGAGAACAUAACUGUUAGAAGAGAAUACAACAAAAAUUAUUUAGAGGUGUUACAUGUGCACUUACAAAUAUUUGCAUUUUCAAAUGUUCACCCAUUAUUUUUGAAAUGGUGUUCAUUGAUA